GAACCAGAAAGCAAUUAAAAUAAUGAUACUGAUAAUGAUACAUCCAUAAUAACAAUUACAAACCAGAUAUAAUGAGUUCGUAUCCCCCUUUCCCCCAUCAGGUAUCACGUGACACCCCGAAGCCAUGGCGGGUAUCUUUGAAAUUCGCGAUUCCAGCCGUGUGUUAUCUUGUCAAUAAUUCUUUUCAUCUCAACGCCCUUGCUGUCACGUCACCGCCCGUGUGGCUGGUGCUGGUGCAGACGCGCACGCUCUUCACGGCUUUGGCUUAUAAAUUUGUGUUCAGACGUGACCUGCGAUGGAAGCAAGGCCUGGGCUGCGUCCUGGUGGUGUCCAGCAUCGUCCUGACCAAACUCUCGUCGCUGCAGGAGAAUCGGAACACCAUCUCGAGCGCCCUCCUCCUCCGGUCGCAGGUUUCCGCCCUGCUCUCGUCCGCAGCGUCUCUCACGAUUGAGACCCUCCUUAAGAAUGACGGCCGGAGCUUCGUGGAGCAGCAAGUGUGGUUAUAUCUCUGGGGAACUUUGCUGGGCAUAACCACUAUCAUUUCCUCUGAGGACCUGCCCGUGCUCGUGCAACACCUGAAGACAGUCUCGUGGGCGUGGCCUGUCUGGGCGUUAGUGGGCGGGGCUGUGACGUCAUCGGCUCUGUCGGGGCUGUGCAUUCCGCAAAUCGUCAAAAGGCUUGAUACUGUGGUCAAGGAUUACCUGGUCGCCCUCAACAGCCUGGUCCUCGCAGGAGUGACAGCCGUCCUUUUCCCUUCUGAGUUUGCCUUCGACUGGCACUUCCUCUUGCCAUUGGCUGUGCUGCUGGCUGGGGUUUUCCUGUACGAAAAGAAGGAUUAAA